GUCAGAGCACCUGUUGCUCUUAAAACACUUCAAACACCAAACUCAUCUUUUUGGGACCCUUCAAUUUUUCAUACAUAUCAAUAUCAAUGAUACCACAUUCAAUACCAACCCCCUUUACAUCCAUAUUAUUGCACAACCCAUUCCUCCCAUUUCUUUCUCCCACAACCCCAUCUUCUAACUUCUCUCUGUUGAUCAUUACUUUUUUUUAUAAGACUGAUGGAUUCUCCAAACGUAUAUCUCAGUGGACUAAAAACUUUUGUGACUCUGAUUCUCAUAAUUUCCCUCACCCUAUUUCCUUCUAAUUCAGGGUCAGGUUCAACGAAAGAUGGGAAGGGUCUGAAGCAAAAGAAGUUAGUGUUGGGGUCAAGGCCUCCAAGGUGUUUGAACAAGUGCUUGAGUUGCAAGCCUUGCAUGGCUGCUCUUGUAAUCUCCCCUCAUCACAGGGUCAGUCACAUUCACAAGGCAACAACAGCUCAAAGAGACGAGGGCUACUAUCUUCUCUCUUGGAAAUGCAAAUGUGGUAACAAGUUCUUUCAGCCCUGAAAUUAAGUUGAUCAUAAAAGCUUUUAGGUACACACUGUAGCGGCUUGCCUAUAGUUUAUGCUUGAGCAAUUUUCAGUGUACUUGGUGUGUGAACUGUGUAGUAUGAACUAAUUAACAUUAUCAACCUUCAAUCAAUCCCAUAUUAACUUGACUGUAAUAUGUACUUGAUUCUUUGUUCAAACUUCGGUUGAUGUGGUUGACAUUAUAGUUUGAUGGAAAGAUAGUUGUUUUGUUAGUUUUUUUAACCACAAGAGAACAAGGGAAACCCUGACAUGCUAAAGGAAGUACUAAGGAGACCCACUUGGUGUGUGGCUGAGCAACAAAACAAGGUUGGCCCCUCUGCAGAACUAAGCCAGCAUUAACAACUGGGUCAAAAUGAAUCAAAGAUGAGUGAGAAAGAAGUAGAAGGACACCUUACGAAAGAAAGGGUACAUCGUAUAAAGAAUGUAAAUAAAAUUAUGUUGGUCCAGAUAUCUUACACAAUUACAUAUAUUAUUUUUAUUAUUGCACAAUACAUACACAAACCAUUCGUCUCUGAAAACAUUUUAAACCGCCAGAUUUUUUGUUUAGUUGCCAAAAAAGAGUUUCUUUGGAAAUAUAUUUUUCUUAUGCUGGUAUAAAUAUGAGAAUAUUUUUGUCAGAUUACAUUUCUUGUUUCGUUAAGCUGUGUUCCUUUAGGUUUCUGGAUCCUCAAUUCUUCUGUGAAAGAAUUGUCCAAAAAAAUUUCUGGUGUUUAGUGGUGGGUGGGUGUGGGUCUGACAGUGUGAGCCUAUAGGCAGUG